AUGCAUUUUCGCUUAUAUACUACUGUCCUCGCGGUGCUCUUGCGCAUUACCCUCUGUGAUACCGUCUACUACGAGAGUAUUAGUAGUGUGGUAACCUCUACUUCCACCCCCAUCACCUACUACUCUCCAACAACCUUAGUCUCUACUGCCUAUCCAACUAGCGCCGAGAUAACAGACACUGGUUACUCCACAACUCCUACUUAUUCCACAUAUCCCACUUAUACACUACCCACUAGUCAUACAUACCCCACAACUACCACCUCUUCAUCAUCAAGCACCUGCGUAUCUCCAACUUUCACCUGGACUGAACCAACUACCGUUCCUACAGAUAUACCAAGCUAUGGAAACUACCGCAUGGGGAAACGUGCUGAUCCUCCUAAGCUUACACCAGACGAGAUCGAGAGUCUAAGAAAACUCAUCCGCAUAUAUGAUGCGAUCGAAAAGGCAAAGAUAGUAAUAGAUAAAGCGAUUGAAGAUGGUCUUACUGAAUGUCAGGAUUUCAAGAAUUUGGUUGCGAUUCUCAAAGUUUUCGCGCCUAUUUUUGAUGGACUUCAAGAGUGGCUCGACGAACGACAUUUGUGA